UAGAGCUUCACAUUCUGCCUUUGAGUGAGGAUGACGGAGUCACUCAUUUCCAUCCGUCCCUCUAAAGAAGAGAAUGCCCGGGACUUUUAACUAAUAAACCGUAAGAAAGAGGAGAUGAAGAAGGAUUAAAAGUUGUUGUGAAACUAGAAUCUCCCGCUAACGCUGUUAUGAAGCCUGGACUAUAAACGAAGUACAGAAAGCCUUUAAUGAAGGGCGCGCAGCGGACCGUAACUUCCUUCGCGGUGAUGAAGUUGUGUAACCGGGGAGCGCUGAUGCUGGUCACCACGGCGUUAUCCUUCAUAGCGUUCAGCCUGAUGACCAUCGCAGUGGGAACGGACUACUGGCUGUACUCCCGGGGCAUCUGCCGGUCCAAGACGUCGAUCCAUGACAACGAGACCAUCCGCAAGAACGAGGUGGUGAUGACUCACUCCGGGCUCUGGCGCACCUGUUGUCUCGAAGGGACGUUCACAGGGGUGUGUAAAGAAAUUGAUUAUUUCCUCGAGGAUGCAGACUAUGAGCAGGAUGCUGCGGAAUACCUACUGAGAGCAGUGAGAGCCUCCAGUAUAUUCCCCAUAAUGAGUGUAGGUCUGUUGUUUCUGGGAGGAGUGUGUGUGGCCGGCAGCGAGUUCUACAAGACACAACACAACGUCAUGCUCAGCGCCGGGAUACUGUUUGUCUCCGCAGGACUCAGUAACAUCAUUGGCAUCAUCGUCUACAUCUCGGCUAACUCUGGUGACCCGGGUCAGAGCGACAGUAAGAAGAGUUACUCGUACGGCUGGUCUUUCUACUUCGGGGCGUUGUCCUUCAUCUUGGCUGAGAUGGUGGGCGUUCUGACAGUACACGCCUUCAUAGAGCGCCACCGAAAGCUCCGGACCCGCGGCCGUCGCUCCCUCACCAAACACGCUCUGUUCCGCUCCGCGUCCUACUACAGCCGCUACAACCGCUACAGACGGCGCUCCAGUUACCGCGGCAACGUGGACUACCGUCACUCGCUGUCGUCGGCGGGGCAGCUGCGACCUCGCGACCCCUCGCCGUUGCCGGUGGCCCUGUCCGUGUCAAAGGUUGUCGCCGCGGGGCCGGCGGGGUCGGAGUUGCACAAACUAACGCCGCCCGACAACAAGAUGGCAGCCGCUGCAGGAGGAGGAGGAGGAGGA